UUACUUUAACAAACCUUUUUACGAACUUCUGAUAUCCGGUGGCGGAGCCUAACAUACUUAAUUUAAAUUUGCGUGUAACACACUCUCAGCCCGUUUCACGAUGAAUUUAUUAAAUUAAAGACAGUGAAUGCGUAAAACUAAAAAUAGCAGUAUCUGCAUAAUUGUCAUCGAUAGAAACAGCUGUUAUAUGCAUUGUAUGAGUUAUUGGAAUCUUUACAUGGCUUAUGUUUGGUAUAAUCGGGGUAAAGUUAAAAAAGAAGAUCCUGGUAAAAACUAGUAUUAAAUAUGGAAAUUUCUUUGGCAUUAUUGAAACCGCACGUUGUACGUAACACAUACGCAUUACAGCAGUUAAAAACACAAAUAGAAACCAAUUUUAACAUUUUGGCUGCUAAGGACUUGCGUAUAACUAAAGAGCUAUCGGAGUGUUUUUAUGCAGAACACAAAGACAAAUUUUUUUAUUAUCGGUUAACAAGUCUCAUGCAAAGCGGUUUCUGCUACGCUUUCAUACUGCAAUCUGAAUCAUGUAUACAAAAAUGGCGUAAUCUUAUGGGGCCCACCAAGGUUUUUAGAGCGGUCUAUACCGAACCGGAGUGCUUACGUUCUCUCUAUGGUCUAUCAGACACUCGCAAUGCUUGCCAUGGAUCAGACAGCACUGUCUCUGCGCUGCGAGAGAUUGCCAUAGUAUUUCCAGAGUUUGAUAUAAGCCGAGUUGCUAGUCAAUCCAAAUAAUUAAUAAAUACGUAUAUAUAAAGAAAUCAUAAAAGCUCAUUGGUACCUUAUAAAGUCAAUAGAAAAAUAUGGAUUCGACUCCAAUCAAAUCACAUGAUGCUGGUCUGGUAUGAUCCAACCUCUAUUUGAUCUAAAUAUACUUUAGUGAUAUUGUAUUUAUUUUAAAAACUUUAUUCAAUAAUUUUAUACCAAUACAACUUGUUCUAUAUAAAUGUUGCUCUUCUAUAAUUAUUGUAUGAGCUUAAUAUAGAUCAUUCUUAGGGUAAAUUUUUCUUUUGGUAAAUAUUAACAGUGUAUUAAAAUUAUAGUCCUUUAGUUUCCACAAUUGGAGCUUAAGGGCAGCGCCGCUGGGAUAUGUGACCGAAAAGAGAAAGCUAAGUUUUGUUUACAUACAUAUAAUGUUCUCAAUAGUUUUCUUUGUCUACAUCUGGUGCAAUAUGCAAUAUGAAAAACAAAAUUAUGCAAAGGUGAUGUCGGGAACCGAUCAUCGUUUCGAUAGCAGUUUUUAUAUAUGCA